GCGAAUUUAAAAAAUCCUUGCAGUUGCAAAAUCGUUUUGUGAGGGUGUGAUCUAAUUUUGAUCAUUUGCUAAAAUAUUUUCAUGCAAAUUGUUUAAAUUCGGAGUGUUCAAUGCGACGAUCUAAAAUUCGUCUUAAAUUAAACAUCUUGCAGUGAACGAAAUCGGUGCUAAUAAGUGGUUACUCAGGUCUGGAAAUAUCAGUCUAUAACAUUCAGAAUCGUUAAUAAAUCUCGUGAUUGUUUAAUAAUCAGUUGUAAAAUGAAGAUUUAUAAAAUGUCUACGUUAAAUUUAAUUAUUAGAAGCUCUAAGACUGGUAGUAAAUUUAAUUUUUGUAUUUAAAAAAAAAAGAGAAACUGCAAAGUGAGGUUAGUUUUUUUUUAACUUUUUCUAAAGAACUGUGACGUUGAUUUUAAGGAAAAAAUAGAAGCUGUGACUCAUCUUAAAUUGUAUAAACUUCGAUUAGUAUAAACGCGAAAUUGAUACUUGAAUUUACGAUUAAAUGUUAUCACAUUCGACUAUUAUGCAUACAAGUGAUAUUAAUGAAUUUAUUGAAGUAUUUUGUACAAUAAAUUUGAACAAGAUAAUUGGAAUUUGCACCAAUAAGAUGCAGAAUGUGGAAUCAUCUUUUGAGACAUCUAGCAUUGGUUAUCGAGCAAAAAAUGAUCCUGGAGACUGACAUCUGUUUGGAAGAUACUUAUAUCAUGGAUAUAUGACAUUUACUUGAUAUCACUUUCCACUUGGAUGAUUCAGAUUUUUUAUGUAAAAUGAAAAGGAACGCCUAGCAGCCGCCUAUAAAUUCAGCGUCACCCGAAGGCACUGUAGAUGACAAAUAGUGUGUGAAAACAGAAGUAAUUGACUUGUAAAAAAAGACAGUGGAGAAAAGGUUGCGAUUAACAGUAUAAUUUGAAGACAGUCGAAGCUGACAGUUCCUAAAGUUUAUAGUUUCUAUUUAUGUACUUAGCUUACUUAUUUAAUUUAUUUGUUUAAACAAUAUUUUGACUGGUUAAGAUAAUCGGUGUUUUUGCGUGUUUUUUAUUUAAAAAGUGUGAACAACCGCGGAACUUCUGAGUGUCUACGAUGGAUUCGCGAAGUUUAUUUGCGAAAUUAUUAAGGCGGGAAAAUAUUUCCGAAAUAGAUAGAAGGUUGGAGCAAAACGAGGGUUUAUUAAGAGGUCCUAAGACAGAUGAAUUCAAAAUGUACCUCAACAAGGGCCAAGACGAUGAAAUGCAAUUCGUCUGCUAUAAAAAAUGCAAAAUAAAGAUGGCUUUAACAUAUCUAUUUUGCAUAUUAACAGUUGGUGUUUUGAGGUUGUUUUUCCAUUGGGUGCCGCAUUUGUAUUUAAAGGCUACUUGUACCAAGUGUAAGAUAGAAGAAGCGGAAAAAAUUCUCAUUACAGAAAUAUAUAAUAAAAACCACAAAGUCUACCACGUUCGUCUUCUACAAACGCUUACACCUGAAAGUGUAGCCAAAAUGAAGCAGAAGAAGAGUUCACUAAAUAAUCUCCAAGAGGCUCCAGAUUCUGUGAUGCCAGUCUUAUCAGUACAUUUUGAGAAUGGAAUAUUCAGAGAAAUAGACAGAUUGAUAAUGUUUUCAUGUAAAAAAGUAAUUUACAUUUGGGACAGCGAAAAACUAGAAUUCAUCAAACUAUCUGGUCUAGAGCAAGGUGUUCCUACGGAAGCAUUUCACAAUUACAAAGCUUUAACUGCGGGGGAACAAUUCAUGAGGUCAAAAGUCUACGGCUCGAAUCUUAUUGAAAUUAAAGAACAAUCUGUACUGACUCUAAUAUCUUUAGAAGUACUUACCCCGUUUUACAUUUUCCAAUUACUGAGUUUUAUACUUUGGAUGUGUGACGAUUAUUAUUACUAUGCAGCUUGUAUAAUGUUGAUGACUAGUGCUGGUGUUGUCACUUCUGUCAUGCAAACUAAAAAGAAUCAAAAGAAUUUGAAAUCUACUAUACAUAGCAGCGAUGUUUGCACGGUAAUGAGACGCCUCCCAAAGUCAGUGGAUGAAGAAAUACAAGAUGAUGAAUAUACUUCUGAAACAGUAUCCUCAGAGCUUUUGGUACCUGGUGAUAUCAUUGAAAUACCUGCUCAUGGUUGUAUUAUGCACUGUGAUGCAGUCCUGUUAACUGGAAAUUGUAUUCUUAAUGAGUCUAUGUUGACAGGGGAAUCAGUACCUGUAACCAAAACUGCAUUACCAAAUGUCCCAGGUGUAGCGUAUGAUCCAAAAGAGCAUGGUAGACAUACACUAUUUUGUGGUACUCAUGUAAUACAAACUAGAUAUUUCGGAAAUGAAAAAGUUUUGGCAAUUGUUGUACGAACAGGAUUUUCAACUUCCAAAGGAAGUCUAGUAAGAAGUAUUUUGUAUCCACCUCCAGUUGACUUCAGGUUUGAAAAAGAUUCUUAUAAAUUUGUAGUUUUCUUAGGAAUGUUAGCCUGUAUUGGAUUCUUUUAUACAAUUAUCACAAAAGCUUUACGGGGAGUUGAUGCAAGAGAUUACAUACUUGAAGCAUUUGAUUUAGUUACCAUUACAGUACCUCCAGCUUUACCAGCCGCAAUGACUGUUGGUCGAUAUUAUGCCCAAAUAAGACUGAAAAAGAAUAACAUAUUCUGUAUUUCGCCGAGAAGUAUUAAUGUUUCAGGUUCCAUCGACUGUAUUUGUUUUGAUAAGACUGGUACUCUUACUGAGGAUGGUUUAGACUUACUAUGUGUCGUGCCAAUUGAAAACAAAUACUUCAAACCUCGCGUCGAGAAUGUUGAAACUCUUCCAUAUAACACUUUGCUAUUCGGCUUAGUUUCUUGUCAUUCUUUGACUAUGAUAGAUAAACAAAUUGUCGGAGAUCCUCUCGAUUUAAAGAUGUUUGAAAGUACUAAAUGGUCCAUGGAAGAGCCCGAAGUUGCUGAUAACAACAAAUUUAACAUGUUAUUUCCCACAGUUUUAAAACCACCUAAAAAUGGUCCAAAUGUACAACAAAACCCCAUUGGCGAUCUCCAAAUCGGUAUAAUACGCGAAUUUCCGUUUUCUAGUAGUUCACAAAGAAUGGGGGUGAUAAUGAGACGUCUAGAUGGUACUUAUUUUGAAUAUUAUUGUAAAGGAUCGCCAGAAAUGGUUCUAAAAUUUGUUAAUCCAGAUUCUGUACCUCCAAAUUUCGACGAUAUUUUAGAAAGCUAUACCCAGGAAGGUUACAGAGUUAUAGCCAUUGCCCAUAAGGUGCUAAAGAUGAGUUACAUUAAGGUUCAGAAGGUACAAAGAGAGGUUAUUGAAAAAGACUUGGAUUUAUUGGGUUUGAUCGUAUUAGAGAACAGAUUAAAACCACUAACUACUCCUUGUAUACAGGAACUGAAUGAUGCUAAUAUAAGAGUUAUAAUGGUCACUGGUGAUAACAUUUUAACUGCACUUAGCGUAGCUAAAGAUUGUGAAAUAGUUCCUCCAGGCCAAAGUAUAAUAACUAUCAACUGCGACUCUAACCAUCCACCUAAUCUAUUCUACACCCUAACUAGCACAAAAGUUAAGCUACCGACCGAUCUAAGCACUUUAUCCUAUUCCACAAGCAUUAUGAGUUUGGAUACCAUGGAAAGUCAACUUCAAACUAUCACAAAUAGCACAGUAGUAACUGGAUCUAAACGGCCUAGCGUUAUGUUGAAUAAUUAUAGAUUUGCUAUGACUGGAAAAGUUUGGAGCGUUAUAAGAGAACAUUAUCCAGAAUUGAUACCGAGGAUUUGUACGAGAGGUACAAUAUUCGCACGAAUGGCUCCUGAUCAAAAGCAACAGCUUGUUCAAGAGCUGCAAGUCUUAGGAUAUUGUGUAGCUAUGUGUGGAGAUGGUGCAAAUGAUUGUGGUGCCCUCAGAGCAGCCCAUACUGGAAUUUCUCUAUCAGAAGCUGAAUCAUCAGUAGCUUCACCAUUUACUUCAAGAAACCCUAACAUAGAUUGUGUAUUAAAUGUCAUCCAAGAAGGAAGAGCAGCUUUGGUUACCAGUUUCGGUAUAUUUAAAUAUAUGGCAGGGUAUUCUUUAUGCCAAUUGAUAUCAGUGAUGAUCCUUUAUAGUAUAGAAUCAAAUUUGACUGAUAUUGAAUAUUUGUAUAUUGACUUAUUCAUAAUAUCUAUAGUUGCAUUCUUCUUUGGGCGUACAGAAUCAUAUCCGGGGAAAUUAGUGAAAGAAACUCCUCUUAGCAGUUUAGUUAGUGUAUCUCCAAUAGUUAGUUUACUUAUGCAUAUUUUAUUAUUAGCUGUAUUUCAAUUGACAGCCUUUGAACAUUUAAAAUCUGAACCAUGGUAUGUUCCUCUCAACGCAACCGUGGAUUUAGAGGACGAUAACGUAGCUUGCGUUGAAAAUUAUACUAUUUACACAAUAUCUAGUUUUCAGUAUAUUAUUUUAGCUAUAGUUUUUUCCAAAGGUAAUCCAUAUAGGAAAAAUAUUUUCUCCAAUUAUGGCCUCAUUAUAUCUUCGCUACUUAUGACAGCUGUAUCUGUUUAUUUAGCUUUGUAUCCAGCAAAGAUUAUAUCAGAUCAAUUUGAGUUGGAAUUACCGGAAGAUUUUAAUUUUAGACUUUACCUUUUAUUAUACGCAUCGAUAAAUUUCAUUCUUAGCCUAAUAAUAGAACAAAUUAUCAUAGAAAAACUCUUUUUCAAACGACUGAGAUUCAAAUUUCAUAAUAUUGAUAAAUCCAAGCGUAAAUACUUAGCAAUCGAGAGAGAUUUGAAAGCAGAUCGUAAAUGGCCUACUUUAACAUCGGACUUCAAGUCUGCCGUUAGUCCAAGUUCUCCACAACCGGUAUGUCCUGCUGAAUUUGUAAUAGAAAAAGAAAGAUUUGAUAAAAACCACGUACUUAACAAAUUAUACGAUGCCUCAGAUGGUCCAGCGAUACAACAACGAAGUUUACCAAACACCCCUGCAAAACUUGCUAAUAAUUUCACAUUUAGGUCUCCCAAACACUUACAAUACCCAGUAAAUGGAGUUAUAGAAAACGAAAAGGGAUAUUUCAGUCAGGAAGAUUUGUUUUCAAGUUUACCUUCUGAAAAUCAAACCAGUACUCGAUCAGAAACAUACAAAACUAUUAGUAACGACACCAGUUAUGACCUAGCUAGUUCUAACAUUAAUAUUCCAGAGCUACCAUUCGAUGAUGCAAUACCUUCGAAUGCUCACAGUACUAUUGUGAACAUGGAUGUUAAUGGGACAGGUCAUAGUUCACUUGUUUCAAGCGAAAAUACUUCCCCGUUUAAAAUAAACGGAUUCGGUUACAGAAGGAGUAGUUCAAAUGCUUCUGGAGAUAUUUUGGAAACAUGUUCCCCUCGUAAAUCAGCAAGCUCUUAUGAAAACGAUAACAGCAUGUCACAUUUUAAUAAAUUUGGAACCAGUCCCCCGCAUGAUACUGAUGGUAAAAAACAUUUAGAAAUGAAUUCAUUUGAUACAAAUAGGUGAGAUAAGAUUUCAAUAGGUUACAUAAAACUAAAAUCAUUGCCUUUAAUUAACGUUUCUGUUAAAUUUUAUCUAAAUUACCGCCUACACGUCAAUAUCCUUACAUUACAUAUUUUCAGAUGGGAUGUAUGAAUAGUUUCCAUUAGACUUUGGAAUAUCCAUAACAUUUCAGAAUAAUCAAUAAAAUGGUAAAUAGAAUGGUGAUAAUACAUCUUUUUUGACUGCGUUAAUAGCCAAUAGAAAUGCUCUUUGUGUAUGAGAACUCAUUUUCAAUUGAUUGACUUCUACAUUGAUAUCUUUUCAUUAAAUCAUUCCAAUUGUCUGUGCCGUUUUGAUCAAAUUGAUUAAUGCCGAUUAUACACACCUCACAAUAAUUUAACAAGAAUAUAUGGGAACUUGGUGAUUUCCCUUUGUCUCUGAUAAAAGUGCUAAUCAUAUUUUGAUUAUGAAUAUGUAUCAAGGUUUCAGAAUUCAAGUUUCCAAACAUUUGAUAUAGAUUGUUUCAUGAAAACCAGUUGGGUCCAUAGUGAAUGUAAUUGCGAUUGAAUUAGACAAAGGGCCAUAAUUUAUAGUUUGAGUCUGGUCCAUUUUACUGGUUAACUUGUAAAUUAUAAGUAUGACAAAUUGUCAUAAAUUCUGCUUAUUGAAAUCAUAUUAACUUUGUCUAGAAAAUAGUGAACUUUUCAAUUAACGCAUAUCAAAAUUUUACAAAAUAGACUUUUAGUAGACACAAAUGAACGAUAUAAGUGCCUCUGUUAACUCCCAUAAUUUUGAAACCAUACGAGUAACAUAUUUUUGAAGAUAAGUGCAUCAAAUCUACUGUGUAUCACAUUUGAUAUGUUUUUCGAAGGUAUAAAUAAAAAAUCAUUUUUUAUAUGUAUAUGUAUAAGAACAUUUUAUUGCCAUGGCAAGCAAUGAAGUGUAAAAAUCGCGAGAACUUAUUUGAGCUACUUUUUCCACUCCCCUUUAUUCGAAUGGAUUCGACUACAUUAAAGUAAAUUCCAUCAAGUUUUUUAAUAAAUUUACCUCUAGCUUAAAUUUCCAAAGGAACAAAUCCGGUAAUAGAUGGCUAUUUGAUUUCCAACUUUAUAAUGUGUUACAUUUUUUGAAUAAACUUCUUAAUUAAUGUGGAGCAGUUUUAUAUCUGACACUAUUAGCUUCUGAAAAUAUUUAGUAUAUUCUGUGCUCCACAGCCAUGACACAGUAAGUUACCCUAACAAAUAUCAUGAAUUAACAUUUUGGGAUAUGAUUCCAAAUGCCUGUUGAUCAAUAAAGUAGUAGCAGCUUAUUCUAUAUCUUUAGUUUGAAAAGUAUCAAUUGAAUUUGUGAUAAAUGUAUAAUCAUCCAAUAAUUGAUCAUAUUUUGAAAACAUUUGCUCUAUUGCCUUUGGAUAUUGAAGCUUUUUCUACUCACCUAUCAUAUAUAUUAACGAAAUACAAAAUUGUGUUGUAACUAGAGGGGAUCAAUGCAAUUUACUUUAAUGAGUACAGCUGUAGUUCCAAUAGAAAAGAAGUUAUAUUUCUUAAAAGUCUUCCAUUGUAUAUGUUACAGUUAAAACUCGUUUUCAGUUAAUUCUACUUUAAACUAGAAAAAACUAGUUUUCACAAAGCCCUUCCGUUAAAACUAGUUUUUACUAGUCAGAACUUGAGGUAACUUUUUGAGAAACUUAUAAACAAUUGUGGUCUUAUGAAACGAGUUAGUUGUUUGUCUGUAUAUCACUAUCAUUGAUCGUUAUGUACGUUAUGAUAAUGUAUGAGAGAAAUUAAUGAACUGUAGGUCUUUUCACUAACUGAUUACAAUAGUAAAACUUUAUGUUCGAAUAUACAUUUUAAAGAAACUUCCCUUUAAUCAAUAGCAGCAGUCACCGAUAGAUUUAUUUUGAAACCUAUGAAUUAAAUAUUGCUCAUUAUAAGUUAUACAUAUAUGUUUAACCCUUAACAAGAUAAUUAUUAUAACUGUAGCAACUUUAUUAUUAACAAAUUUCACUUUCUUCACACAAGGGUCACACAAAAAAUACUAAAUUGCACCCGUGGGCUAAAAUAUUUCUGCACAUGUGUGACAAAGUGUUGUAACUAUUAAAAAUAAUAACAUUUCUCGUUGAAUUUGAUGAAAUUUAUCCUUGAUAUCGAUAUGUAGGUUGUACUUAAACUGUCAUCGUUAUUUUCCGUAUUUGUGUUUCAACUUUCUCCCAAUCGCACGUUGUUUCACUUGACGGGGGCCCUUCUCAACAUUUAUAAUGUAAUAUAAAUUCACUGUCAUCCUAUAAGGUUCUGUGACCUCUGUGAAAUUGCUUACCGAAAAUAAUGAUCAUUUUUGCAGUUUGCAGAAUACACGACCGCUUAUAGCUAAUUACAAGUAAAAUAAGGAAACACCAGAUUUAUACAUUUUAAUUUGACUAACAUCCCUCAUUAUGGUGGCUAAUAUAUUAUUUAAUGGUUACCCAUAAGAGUGUUUUUGUAAACAACAUUAUUCUUAUAAUCCACAAAAGAAAAAUAUUUUGAGCCUGGAUUGGUUGCUGGAACUACCCUGUUAUCAAAUGAUUUACUUCUGCAGUUUCUCAUACUCCUGUAGGUAUUGUCCGAUUUCACAAUGGCCAAGUGAAAUAGCCUUAUGCCAAGCCAAUUUCACUUACUACGACUGUCACCAGUAAAUAUAAGUGGACACACUUCAGCAAUUACUAUUUCCUGAGAAUAAGCAUUUUUAUUGCUCUGCUUCGCACUUUCUCUAUAAAUUGUAAAAGUUAAAAAAAUCUUUGGAAUUUUUUUAAAAAGUACUUGAAGGUCACAAUUAACCUGACAUAAAUCUAGAGUAAUCUGAUUCGUGGUAUACCCAUAAAACCACAACAAUGCAAACACUAGUUUAUGGCAUACAUUUGUCACUUAUGAGUUAUUGAAAAGAUCUAGAAUAAAAUGAAAAAAUAUUAUGAAUUAAAAGCUUAUCAUGUUAACUAAGAAGAUUAGAAUUGUUGCUUUUUUUGAAGGAAAUAUUAAAAAUCAAUCAUCACAUGUGUACAUUAUUUCAAGCAAAAAUGGCAUAAACUGAUUGCCAAUAAUAAUGCACAUAUUUAUCCAAAUAAGUUAACAAUAAUCUUUGUAAAGUAAAAAAAUGGUAAACUUAGUGUAAACACAUUUGUUGGUUCUUAUAUAAACGUCAAUUAUUUUUUAUAUCGAGGAAAAAACGAUCUUCCACUCAUAUUCACCAAUGAAUAUUUUUGUAAAUAGUUAAUAUUUAAAAGAAUUGUUAGUAAGUAAGAUUACUUAAGGGAACGAUAAUAAGUAUUAAAACCGGUUUGUUGUUGGCGUGGUAUGAAAUCUUUGCUGCAAAAGCAUUAGAUUAAGUGAUAAAAUUUAGUGAUUAGAUAUUAGUAUGUUCUAUUUCUUGUUGGUAAUUUAUGGAUUAACAUUUGUAUUUGAAAAAAAAUGAGUCCGAGUGGUAGUUAUCAUUAAAUUAUUCUAUAUAAUAUAAUAUCUUGAUCCUUGGAGUGUCCACUAAAAGUGUUUUUGAAUGUAUAGUUUUUAUCCUAUUUAUAUAAAAUUAGACGCAUUUUGUCGAUUUUGAUAGAUGCAAUUGUAAAAAUUAGUGACUGAAGAUUUUUAAAAUAUUGAUUCAAUAAACAGCCAAGAAUAUCUGAGUUGGAAAGUAUUAGAAGUUAGACCUGUAUUAAUUAGGUUUAUUUAAUACUGACCGCGACCUUAAACCUUUGUAUUAAUAUGUUAUGUGUGCUCUGAAAUAAUAAUUUCCUAUUUAAAAUUAGGCAACAUUGCACGAAUGUAACACAGACAGAUAUACAGAUACGAAGUUCUUAAUAGUUUUGGAAUCCAUCGAGUACGGUAGUCGGAUUAUUGAAACCAAGUUUAAUUAAUUAUUUUCUUGCAUAAUAAAUAUUUUUUUACAAAGUAGUUUUAAUACAAAGAAUAUGGUCAACCAUCAUUGGUUAGCCCGAAAAUACAUUAUAGUGUGGACAUUAAUGUUAGUUCCUUUAUAUAAUAUCAAAUUAAUUAUAACCAAUAUACUAUUUGCAAUUGUCAUUAUUCAGUAGAAUUAUAUUAAAUGUAUUAUUAUUGUUACAUUUACUUGUAUAUAGUGUUGUGUAACUAAAAUUCAUAUGUUCCUUCAAUAUAUUUCAAGUAAAAUAUUGGUAAACUUAAGGUUUCAAUCGUCUAAAAGAAACGUGAUUUCAGUUGGGAACUUGGAAUGAUAUAUUUUGAUGACAUUUUCAUAAACUGGUCAAUGUAGAUGUAGAUUAGAGUGCUGAUGAACUCCUGACUUCAAGAAUAGAUCUUUGAUCCUACAGGUUUUUGUCCAAGCAUUUAUUGUGGCAUUGACGAGGAAUUCUAGAACUAGAUGCUUUGGGGUUUCUGCUAAAACAGUGCUCUGAAAGAAAAUUUAUGACAAGGUGUAGAUUUAGUGGCAAUUUUGAAGAACUUUUUGGGGUGAAGCAUAUUCCUGAACAACGUAAAGGCUGUAGUGUAAUAAAAGGCGUUCUUGCUUCUUUUGUAAAGACAAUUAGUCACCUCAUUUCAUUAUUGAAUAUUUCUUUCGGCACUCCCACGUCAUACUUCAGUCGAUGACAUGGGAGCUCAGAGCUUUGGUAGCUUAUUGACUAUUACAAUGAAUUAAUAUGCCACAUUUCUGAUAAUUUCUUUUAAGGUUCAUUUUCACACGAUGUGAUUAAUAUAUAUGAUAAAGUGGCACAAAAAUAUUUUUGUAACUAUAUAAUUCUAAUAGAAAUUGUUUAACGUGGAAUAACACGAAAAAAUCCAUACCAACAAAAUAAUCACAAUUGCGAAUGUUUAUGCCAAGGUCUACAACACACUGUUACUUUACAAUGUGUUCUAUGUUGUAUUUACUUUAUCUGUACUUAGAAACUUUACAUAAGCAUUGUUAAAGUUACCAUAAUUACUAGUUACAGUACUUAUACGAAUUUGAUUUCUUAAUUUCUUAUAGUGAUAAUUUAUAUUUUACGUUUGUUUGAUACAUAAGUUAAACAAAUAUUUAUUGAUUAAAUAAAAAAUACGUAUCAGCUAUUGAA